UAAGGGACCAUUGGACAAAUUCAUUUUCGGCCAAAUGGGACAUUCUAUGCACUUUGGGGUAUCUGAACAAUGAGAUGGGACCACUAAACGCUCCACUGUGUCUGUCUGAUGAACAGUAAUCGAUGACUGCACCCCUUGUCUUCUCCACCUGCUGCUAUUGGCUGGGCUGUGUGUCCCUUCAUCAUCUUAUCCCGCCUCUCCUCUGUGUGGCAUGUUGAGAUCCAUGAUCCAUCAGGUGGAAAGGUUGACGAAAUUAUCCGGAAAAUUCCAUAACUUGACAGGUGAAGAACUUGAACACCUAGAGGUUGCGGGAAACAGACUGGCCGGUCUUCCUGAUAUGGAACACACUGCGGCUCAUAUCGACUCACUGAAGGUGAAUGAGUCGCUCUCCCAGUUGUUCAUGUACACUCAGUCCUUCAGGCUGCAUGUUAAUUGGUUGAAAACAGCCAAAGAAAACGUCAGUCUUUCCUCCCAGCCAGCAAAGGAGACCAACACUCACCUCCUUCAUCUGUCCACCUUCCUGAAUGCAUCACUUCACCAGAUCGGCGAAGAGGUUCCUCCUUCGGAGUCUCCCUCCCUCCCUGAGGUCUCCACGCCCUUCGAUGUGCUUCAGUUCUCUGUUGAGAUCUCUAAACGGCUACGAAUGUUUUGCUUCUGGUCAAAAAGGGUUUUGGUGAUUAUCCAGAGACUAUCCCGAUGCCCUUGACAUUAAGCCUGAGCACAUAAGCAACUGCAAAUAUCUUCUCACAAAAACACUGUUAACUAUUGGGAGUUUUACCAAGUGAAGAAUUUUAGACAUGGAAAUGCCAAGUCAGUUUACACAUACGGUCUUAAAAGAAAUGUCUGUCCAUGCCAUGAAAUUUAGAAUUCACUUACCCCUCAACAUGAUUUGUUUCCCUUUAAUGAUCUUUGACUUCUUACUCCACCACUUGGUCAACAUUGUACCUAGUCCAAUAUCGGAAAAGCUAGUGACAUUCCCAACAGUAUUACCUUUGUGUUUUGUGCUACUCGCAAAACGUUAGCAUGCUAACAUGCUAAAAUAAGACGAGGAACCUGCUUAGCAUCGGCAUGUUAUCAUUAUCAUUACAAGCUAGCUUAAGUUAGAAUCAAGCAAUGAGUAUAAUAAGAAUUUCCAGGAGUCAUAUAAUCGAACGUUGAGUUCUACAAUUCAGCUGUAAAACAGAAUGUAUGUUUUUGGCAUGUUUUUAAGAAAGUUAAAAUGUGCCCUACUAAUGCACUCUGCAGAGGCACACCUGUUACCCUUUGGGACUGUUUACAUGCUAAAUGUUGAUGGAGAAAUAUUGUGAAAUAAUUAAUAUUUUUAUACUAUUGCUUUUUUAAUCUAUUUAGUAUUCUAUUUAUGAGCUUUUUAUAUUAUAUGACAUGGUAAGAUGCAGGCAUCUCACUUUUUUCU